ACAGACGGUAUCUCAGAGGAAGAAACGAAUCUUGGAAAACAGUAACUGUGAGCACAGAACUGCGUGUGAAGCAUCAAGCUAAAUGACUAGCCUAACUAUCUAGCUAGUAGCUACCCUCUUGCAACUUUGUGUUGUUGUCGUUUGAGGUUUUACGAAGAAAUCGUAUCCGUCGUGUACUACAGUGCGUACAGUAAAGUGGCAAGAUGCUGGUCUCUUUGAGCUUACGGUCACAGCUGGCCUCCAUCAUGGACAUGUUGGCGAAAUCGGCCGUAGCAGAGAUCAGCAAGCUUAUCGACGACGGCUCGGCAGUCUGGCGGCUGGAGAUGUCCAGGAGACUUAAGGAGAACGAGGCUCUUAGGCGGAAAGUGCUGCUGCUGGAGCGCGAGCUGGAGCUGCGGGCGACGCGAGGAUGUGGGCAGGAAGUAGAGUUUGCAGCUACGGAGGAGACUGACAUCAUAUUUAUCAAGGAGGAGAGACUGGAAGGUGGCAACGGAAAGUGUGGCGGAUGGGAAACCAAAGGAAAGAGUGCUGUGGAGCCCCCUGCCCCUCUUGACUGUUGGGGGAGGGGUCCUAGUGAGCAGGAGUCCUAUGAGGAGGACUGGGGAGAGGCUGUGCCCCCUGGAAAGGAAGAGGAGUUUGCCGUGCAACAUAGGCCCCACUCCAAUGGAUGGGAGGAGCCAGGCAGCAUAGGAAGUGGGGUAAAGGCAGAGAUUGUUGUAGACCAUUCCAUCUUCCAGCCGCCCAGAGAGUCAGGCACUGAAGGGGGUGUGUGGCAACCAAAUGCCUCGGGACCUGAGGGUGUAAUAGGUGAGGGGGUCGUCACGGAGAAUAGGGAUGGGGAAAUGGGCAGGCCAGCACUCUCCUGUGGGGAGAGUCUACACAAGGUCACAGAGGAGGGGGGCGUGUUCCUCCGAAGCUUUGCUUUCUCAAGUGCAGGUUUUGCUCAGACCAGAGCUGCAGAGACCUCGGGCAGAGCUAUGGUUGGACCAGGACAGACUCAGGUUACCUGCAUUUACUGCGGGAAGCACUUUGCAUACCUCAGCUACCUGAAACGUCACCUGCGCAUACACACAGGCGAGAAGCCCUACAGCUGCAUCUAUUGUGGUAAGAGAUUCUCAGACGGCAGCAGCAGGAACAAACACGAGCGCAUCCACACAGGACGGAAACCGUUCCGCUGCACGCACUGCGGGAAAUACUUCUCCCGCCGCUGCCAUCUGAAACGACACCAGAAGCUUCACACCAAAACGGAGCUGCUCAGUUGUGGUAAUCCGGGAUGUUUCUGAAACGCACCCUCCCCAACACCCAAAGCCCAACCCCUCCCCCGAAGGGCACCUUUUACAUCUGUGAGAAUAUUCAAUGGGAUGCAUUUCAUUUUCAUUACUUUAUGCAUUAUGUAUGGUCCUGUUCUUUCUGUAUAAUACCAGUAUGUCAUAGCAACAGGUACAGUUACAAAUUCAGUUACAGGUGAUAUUUACAUUUCCAGUGUCAGGAUCUUGGGGAUUCAACAUUGUCAGAGUGGUUGCAUGCUUUAUUUGACUGUAAGAUGUUAGGGGCUCCACAGAGUCUCGUCCUGCAGCAUACUGACAAAGAAAGAUAGCUCACCUAGGCCCACCCUGUCUCCGAUACACAAAUAGUCUCUCACACCAAUAGUCACAUAUCAUCCCCUGAACUCAUCCGCUCAUAGUUGAUUCUGUACUGUUACAAAAACAUAGAAGAUCAAAUAGUUAGGUGUCUACCUCACUGACCGGCAGUUAGUGGAGACGAAGUGGAGCCUUCCUUAAUCAAGGAAGUCAGAUGGCUAUAAAUGUGCAGUUCUGAAUACACUUCUGUUUCCCGCAGUUUGGAAGACAAAGGAAUCAGAACCGUAUUUUGGCUGAUCAGAUGUUCUCUAUUGACUCCGAGACAGUUGUCUGUGAUGGCUUUGCUAGAUUGUGCCCCUGUCUCUUUGUUACUGCUUGGAUACUUUUAAUAAACAUUGUCAAAUUCUUAA